GUUGCAGUGAUAUUUCGCUUUAGAUUCUAUAUACUGUGGCCACCGAAGUGUUCAGUAUGGCAUAUUUGUGCAAUCAAUCUCUAGACGAUCAUUAAUCACUAACAAAUUGCAAUACUAAUUACAGCAGUACACUGCCAAUAAAUCUAAAGCGUGUAUUACAUAGCUUGGUAAAUAACUUGUCUUCUAGAUAUCAUUUAGCUGCACCUACGUAGACUAUCAUAGAUAUCGAAUUCAGACAUAGCGUAUUCAGCAAUAGAAAAAUACUGAUAUGGGCUCAAAGCGCAUUAUGGACUGGUUCGGUGGCUACUGGUCCGACUACCGAAGCACUACGGAAGAUAUAGCACAGAAAACUACAGCAAACAACAUUGAAGAGUUGGGGAAGAUGGACAAUAUACCUUACAUGAAAAUACAGACACAAGAGAAUACCGAGAAUAGUAACCCGCCAGUAGAAACCAAUGUGACAAAGAUCACUGCAAAGAACCCUAAAUUACUUUCUCAAGUUAUGAGUGUCCCCGAUCUUUCGAAUAUGAAAAGUACUAGUCACUGGAACAAACGACGGGACUUUAAAGAGCUUCUUCGCGAAUACCUUGUUGUGCAGACACUGAGCGAAGGCAGUACGGCCGAGGUGUUCCUAGCCGAAGAAAGAGCCACUGGCAAGUUGGUUAUUAUCAAAGAACAGUUACUGGAGAAGCGAGACCGGAAGAUGGUUCACAGAGAAGCCUGCAUACACAGCCGGUUGCAGCAUCCCAACAUCGUAGAACUGUACUCAACGGCUAAAAAUCAAAAGGUCAUGGUGUUGCUGCAGGAGUAUGUAGGCGGAGGUGAGCUAUUUGAUGCUGUCAUACCGGACAUUGGUGUACACCCAAUGCGUGUUCGGAGCUAUUUGCUACAACUCGUAUCAGCCAUCAAAUACUUGCACAACUUAGGCAUCGCACAUAGAGACAUUAAACCCGAGAAUGUGUGCCUGGAUUCGAGUAAGGAGAUUCCAAAACUGAUUGAUUUUGGCCUGUCCGAGUACGUUUCUGAGGAGCCCGGUGCCGUCUAUAAACGCCAUGUGGGCACCGUACCAUACAUGGCCGCCGAACUUUGGCUUGAUGUGGAGGCCACACACAUAGAUGUGGACAUCGUGGCUACAGAUGUAUGGGCGUUAGGAAUCAUGUUGUUCUGUAUGCUUGCCGGUCGUUUUCCCUGGGGCGAGGCUUCAUUGCGCAGUAAAGAAUAUCAACGGUACUUGAAGGGUGACUUCUCGCGGAAACCCUGGAAAUCAAUACCCGAGGUUCAGCUUACACUUCUAAGACACAUGCUGGACGUCGAUCCUAGGACUAGGUGGAACAUUGUCGAGGUGGAACAAUAUAUUCUUACUAGAUGGGCGCCUGUGCGUGUACCGUCACCAUCGAAAUUGCAUGCCCCGGUACCUCAAGUUCUAGCCCCGGUACCUCAAGUUCUAAUGGGACAUGCAGAUCUCACGACGGCACAACACUCGGGUAACAACACCAAUAUAUCACACAGUGAGAUUGUGAGCGCUACUGAGAGCGGCGACUUCGAAAAUACAAUCGCGUCGGCAAGGACUACUAUCGAGCACCCUUCCCCUUUAAUGGGUGGUUUUCCACAGACAUCGGAUUCUUCUGGGCUAAAUAUGGUGGGUGUGGGAAAUGUCAAAAGUGUGCAGAGCCUGCACGCAGGCAGCCACAAGGAUAGUACGGCGAAUUGGGUCAGAGACCAGGCCAGAAAUUAGAGGAAAAUCAGCCCAUAGUAUUUUUCUGGGCGAGUCCAAAAAAAACGGAUACCGGUUCACAAUGAAGUACCAAAAAUUUAGUAAUUAUUAGGUGACACAGACUCGCAGUGCUGUGAUGGUAUUAGUACGCUGCUCACUUGUACAUAUCUUCGAGUCUGUGCUCGUGGGGCGUGAAUAAGGUUGACAAUAAAGUAGGGAAUAUAACAAGCAUGUCUUAAUUGCAG